AUGGCAGAAGCAAGCUACUCAGCUCCACGCCCAGCUACUCGUCACCGGAUCGCUCUCCCACUCCCCAUCUACCACUUGUUUACUGAAAUGCCUCAUAGAAGUCUCCUCCGCCCUGCACUCCUAUGCUCUCAGCUUCUUCUCCCGAAUCCUUCCACCUUUCACUGGAACACCAUCAUCCGGGCCUAUUCUUCCCGUCAUUUCCCCCGAGAGUCCCUCAAUUUGUUCUGUAAAAUGCGUCAGAAGAGCACAGUGCCCGACGCCUACACAUUUCAGUUCAUGUUCAAGUCCUGCAGCCUUGUAGGCUCGACCUUGGAAGGGCAAAUAGUGCAUGCUCUGCUCGUCAAGCAUUUUCCUGACUGCGACACGUUUGUAGAGAAUUCUUUGGUGUAUAUGUAUGUACAACUUGACAGCAUUGACGAUUCUGUGAUAGUGCUUAGAUUGAUCGACAUGAAAGAUGUUGUAUCCUGGACGACGAUAAUCGAGGGACUUGUGAAAUCUUGA